UGGGUCUGGUGGUGGGGUUGAAGGACGAGCGGGGGAACGUGCACUGGAAGACGAACCAGGGAUCAGCAACAGCAAAAGCAACAGGAAACGUAUGUUCGUGGGUUUGGAAGCUCGCUUUCUCCCCUUACAAGAGAUUUUCAUACUCGGCUUUCCUUGCACUGGUGGAGUUGGCACGACUCGCCAUCUUCAUCCUACGGAUAUGCUUGGUGUUGGGGUGUGCGGACGACCGAGGUCCAUUUCGUCUCUCGAAUCUGGGCAGCUCCCGGGUUGCUUGCAUCAUCGCAUCACGGGCACCGCCGGGAUUCCAGCUGCUGGUCGAGAAACCUUGGCAUCCAUCCACCUUCUCCCCUUGGAAAUGGAGUCGCUGUCGAAACAGACCACCGCGUCGGUUGCAUUCGCUGACGCUAUCGUCAUGGGCAAGGCUGUCGAGGGAUUCUGUUUACCCCUCACUCACUCUGCACCGCCGCCUUGCAAACCAUCACCCCCGUCAUCGCCAGCUCCCCGGAAUACCUGGUUGUUGCUACCUAGGCUGAGACCGAAUCCCCCUCAUGGAAAGAAGGCAACAACGGCUGCGGGCAGGGAAGCGCAGAUACGGGGACGGUUAUUUCGUAGCACUCCGUACGAGCAAGCUCCAAAAAACCCCCCGAUGUCGAAUGGGUUCAUGCCGGGUCAGCUGCUGGUUGCCCUGGUUGGUCUACGAUGCGACGAUCCAACAACGGCUGGGUCUAAACAACGCAGCCGUGCCAUACCGACCGGGGGUGGACAAGGGGACUGACGGUUUCUCAUUAAUUAUGUCCCGAACUUUUUUCUUUUUUCCUUGCAGGAGCCCGCACACCGAUGUCUGAAACGAACGAUAUCACCCGACACCCCCCUCCCCCUUCCCUGGUCGAAACGAGAAGCACCCAGCGCGCGAGGCCGGAAUACAGCAAGCAAAAGCACGAGUACGAGCAGAAGCGGCAGCGGCAGCG